AUGGGUAAGGUUUUCAGAGAAACCUCCAGGCCCUCGUCUUCUUCAUCUUGCCCGGCCUCUUCGUCGCCCCCGACAACCACAUCGACGUCGAUCACCGAGACCGUCAACGGGACCCACCAUUUUAAGAUCACGGGUUAUUCUUUGUCCAAAGGGAUUGGGAUUGGGAAGUACAUAGCGUCCGAUACGUUUAAUGUGGGCGGGUAUUCGUGGGCCAUCUAUUUUUACCCAGACGGCAAGAGCGUCGAGGACAAUGCCGCGUACGUCUCGCUCUUCAUCGCGCUCGCGAGCGAAGGAACCGAUGUGAGAGCUCUCUUCGAAUUGACCCUUUUGGAUCAGAGUGGGAAUGAGAGGCACAAAGUGCAUAGCCAUUUCGGGAGGACCUUGGAUAGCGGUCCCUACACGCUCAAGUAUCGCGGUAGCAUGUGGGGUUACAAGCGUUUUUUCAAAAGAACUUCUCUGGAGACGUCAGACUACCUUAAAGAUGACUGCUUGUCAGUGAACUGUAUGGUUGGUGUCGUGAAGUCACACACGGAGGGGCCAAAAAUAUACUCCAUACCAGUACCACCAUCCAGCAUGGGCCAUCAGUUUGGGCGGCUACUGGAAAGUGGAAAGGGAACUGAUGUAAAUUUUGAAAUUGACGGUGAAAUUUUUGCUGGUCACAAGUUGGUACUAGCAGCUCGAUCACCUGUAUUCAGGGCCCAACUAUUUGGUCCUAUGAAGGAUCAGAACACUCGGUGCAUAAAAGUUGAGGACAUCGAGGCUCCAGUCUUUAAGGCUUUGCUUCAUUUCAUGUACUGGGACUCUCUGCCUGACAUAGAAGAGCUUACUGGAAUUAACUCCAACGGGUCUUCCACUUUGAUGGCACAGCAUCUGCUUGCAGCAGCAGAUCGGUAUGGCUUAGAUAGACUUCGGUUGUUAUGCGAGGCAAAUCUAUGCAAAGAUGUUGCGAUAAACACUGUGGCAACGACAUUAGCAUUGGCAGAACAACAUCACUGCUUCCAGCUGAAAACUGUGUGUCUCAGAUUCGUUGCAACACCUGGAAAUCUAUCAGGUGUGAUGCAAACAGAUGGUUACAAACACUUGAAGGAAAGCUGCCCGUCUGUUCUGACUGAACUCUUGGAAUAUGUAGCUAGAGUUAGUGAACAUUCUGUAUCUCUAUGCAGGCAUGGGAAUGAAGCUAUUCUUGAUGGUAGUGACAUCAAUGGCAGGCGGGUGAAGCAAAGGCUAUAG